AUGAACACAAAAAGGGAUAAGAAUCAACGAACACAAAGAAAUCUUCAUAUGGGUUAUCCCUACAUAAUCGGUUACAUGAGCGUUGAUGUGCGUCGCGAAUAUCAUCAUAAUUUGUCGCAAUUGAAGUACUUAACGUCAAUACCGAAAGGAAUGAUUUGUUACAACUUAAACCACAACAUCGAAAAUGCUGUUAAGCGUACGACAGACGAAAACGACGAAAAAAUAUCACUUAUGCUGAAAUUUCUCCUAGACCAAAGAUAUCGCUUAGAUUUUUUGAUUGAACCCUUUGACACAACCUUUAUAACGUAUCGUAGGACUUUGAUUAGUGUUAUGACUAGCGUGUACACUCGCGAGCCAAUAAGCAUAGUGGCUAGUUUACUAAAAAAGGGCAUAUAUCUGUGUUCAGUUAAUACUGCUCAAGACUUACAAAAUCGCAAUCCAUCUGCACAGAAUGCUAAGUUUUGUGCUUGGGGCUAUAAGUUUGAGCAAUACAUGCUGUCAGAUGUACCCUGUAUGCAACCUAAUGUAAAGAAACCAGUUGUGGAAAAUGAAGAAUUUUCUAUGUAUUAUAGUUCUCAAUUAGGUAAACACAGGUUAUUCUAUGGUGCUCAAAUUGAUGGAAUGCUAGCCACAAGAACAGCACCAGGACCUCCGAACACAGAUGAUGUAAAUAUCAAUUUGGCGUAUUUGAGGAGCAACAAGUUUGUGGAGCUAAAAACUAAUAGGGAAAUACAUAACAAUAGGCAGGAACAGAAUUUUAAGAGAUACAAAAUGAUUCGUUGUUGGUGUCAGUGUUACCUAGCAGGACUAAAGGGGUUACUCGUAGGCUACAGAAAUGAUGAUGGCAUUAUUCAAAGAGUACAAUGGUUUGAUACUGAAGACAUAGUAAAAUACUGUGGAGACGAAUGGAAUCCACAAGUAGCCAUCGACUAUUUAGUAUAUUUCCUCAACUACGUAGAGAAUUGUUUCAAAUCUCUAAAGGAUACCCCUGGUGAUCCUUUUGCGUCUAAAGAACCGUUGACACUGAAGUUUGAUAUUGAUAGCCAACAAAAAAUCACAGUGACUAAGGAUAUUUACAAGGAACAUGUAAUUUUACCAGAUUGGUAUGUUUAUAAGAUUCAGGCUCACUUAUAAAUAG